UCAUGAUUUAGAUUUUUCUGCCAAAAGAAAAUAAACAAUCUAACUAAAACACAGAAACCAUUUUUGAUAUUUUGAUAUUCAUCCUUCCAGAAGACCUUCAUAUAACUUCAGACUUGUCUUCUGAGUCAAGAUGGCACGGUUGGUAAUCUGGGUGGCUGUCUUCGUGCUAUUUGCAUCCUGUGUUGGGACGCCAGUGGAGAAUUUGAAGACGCUUUGGCAAAAAUUAAAAAGCUGGAUUCAUCGUCCAAUCCAACUGAAUAUGGCUCCAAACUCUGUGGAUGACAUGUACGACAAAUGCGAAAAUGACAUGGAGAGAAUAAUAGCGGAGACAUUUUUACAAAAUGAGAAAAACAAAAAUAAGGACUUCAAACAGGCCUGGGAUAGUGCAGAGAAAUACUACAACAAGAAUUGGGCGGAUAACCCGCCGCUGAAGAAGGAACAAAUCAUGGCUCUUUAUGCAUACACCCUGAACGUCCCACCGCUGUACCGCGAAUUCAACAACGCAGUACGAAAACAAAAAUCUGUGUACGAAAUCAAAUUCCCGUUUCACACUCUGCACUUCUACCUCACCAUGGCCCUGCGCGCCAUCAAACCCAAAGCAGGAAACUGUGUCACUGUUUUCCGGAGAACAAACUGCAAAUUCAGCAAAGAUGUUCUCAACAAAGAGAUUCGUCUUGGCGCUUUUUCCUCCAGUUCGAUGGGUAACUAUCCUUGCGAGAAAAUAUUUGGUAGCCAGUCAUGCUUUGAGAUCUCCACCUGUUUUGGAGCAAACAUCUCAGAGUACUCUAGCAUUAAAUCAGAAAAAGAAGUCCUGAUCCCUCCCUACGAAGUUUUUAAAGUAACAGAAAUAAAGAAAGCCGCUGACAACAACAAACUUCCUUGUGAGGUCGUCUACAAGCUGCAGAGCACAAACAAACCUCAUUCCAAUUUAAACUGUACUCUAGUCAGGAGAAAACGUCUGCGUGGUUUUAACUGAAACGUCCUAGAAAUAAAGGCGGUGGUGCGCAGAUCUGGACAUAAUUUGAGAUUUCUUUUUCAAGAAAAUCAGUUCUAUUUUAACAAAACGUAACUCAAAUUUCAUCUCGUUCACUCAAAUCCAAUCCUGAGUUUCACAUGGUGUGUUGAGGGCCGACCGAGUUAUGAUAACAAAUAUCCAACAGUGAAUGUGAACAUGCAUAAUCUUUACUGUGUAAAAUUUUAAGAGAGAAAACUGUCUAAAUUGUGAAGCUGAAAUUAAAUGACAAGUAACAUUUAAUCGUUAAUUCACAUUUAUUGUGCACAUGAGUUUUAACUACAACCAUUAACUUUCCUUUUUUUAAUGUUUUCUUUCCCAUAAAAAGUAAUCCCAAACCAGUUCUACUCUGCUCUUUGUUUUCUGAUCUAACAAGCCAGCUUGUUAGAUCAGAUGGCUUCUCAAACUGAGCUUUGUGAUGAUGUCUGUAUGCGGAUUCAGAUAUCUUUUUGACAAGCUACAGUAAGUGUUUAAAAUAUUUUAUUGCUCAUGUGAGUAAGGAAACUGUAAAAUAAUUCAGAAAACAGAAAAAAACCCCAAUGUUUUUAUUACAUUGUGGCACUUUGUAACCCAUUAAUCUGCAUACAAUGUUUAAAGUGAGUCAUUCCUUCUUACUGUCGCCACAUGCUUGAUCAAGAUGUUCAUUUGCUGCAAAGUCAAGAACUCAUAAUAAUUAGCUGGGCUGCUUUAGAUUGUAAUAUUUUUAUGUGACUUCAGUGAAACGAUCAUCUGCAUUUAAAUUUAUUAAAAUGUAUCAAAAUUUGAAUUGUGAACUGCAUACGCAUAUGAAGCUGGAUUUGAAUCUGUAUGAUUGGACUGUUUUAGAUUGAUAAGAUGUUGAUUUGAACCAGAAUAUAUUCUGUGUGAUUGGACAUGAAUUUGACCCUUUUGUCUUAUGUGAGAUGAUAUCUGUUGUGAAUUGUUGCUAUUUAAAAUAACUUUAAAAACUUUAGAUUUUAAAAGUGUCUUUAAAAUAGUUAAAUGUUUGUGAUCAUCUAUCUAACAAACAAAAAAAACCCAUUCAUAAACAGUUAUUCAAUUUUAUUCUUUAAUGAAGGAAGGGGGAUGAGUGUGACGGUGUAUCUCAAGAUCUGCUGAUUUUUGUGUCUUUAAAAUCCAAGACAUUUUAAAGUUUUGCAUUUUAGGACUGUAGAAAAGAAACAAUCUAAGAAUAAUUGGAGGCGAAUCAACUUAAAGAGAAGUGAGACACCAAGAAAAAGGUGUGAACAGCUCAAGGUCAGACGAAGACCUCAUGCACACUGCAGCUGAAGACAUAGAAGGCCGUGCAACAGAUGAAUGUUAGCAAGUAAAAGGAAGUUGCAGCUCACAAUUAACAGAAAAAGACUGUGACUUAUGAGCUUUGAGGUUUACAUUUGCAAUAAUAAAGAAAUGUGUUCUUCUGCAGAUAAGUUUAGCUUAUGAACUUCUGCUUCUGCUUUAUGUAUAAAGCAGCGUAGACCAGGGCUGGUGGGCAGAAGCCUUAUUCAUAUAAUUUGCUGGGCUGCUUUAGAUUGUAAUUUUUUUAUGUGGCUACAAUGAAACGAUCAUCUGCAUUUAAAUUUAUUAAAAUGUAUCAAAAUUUGAAUUGUGAACUGCAUACGCAUAUGAAGCUGGAUUUGAAUCUGUAUGAUUGGACUGUUUUAGAUUGAUAAGAUUUUGAUUUGAACCAGAAUAUAUUCUGUGUGAUUGGACAUGAAUUUGACCCUUUUGUCUUAUGUGAGACGAUAUCUGUUGUGAAUAAUUGCUAUUUAAAAUAACUUUUAAGUGUCUUUAAAAUAGUUAAAUGUUUGAUGGUUGUGAUCAUUUAUUUUGUUCAUCUGCUAUAU